UCAAGUUGAUUGGUUUAGUUGAUUGGUGUGCGGUCAAUUUACAUCUCGCAGAUCGCACGUUGUCGUAGACAAAAUCUAUAGUGAAUUUAUUGUAAGAAACUAAGGGAAUAAUAACUUUGUUCUAAAUAAAUAUGUCGGAAUACGUAGUCGAUGUACGUUCAGACACCGUGAGCUUACCAUCUCCGGAAAUGCGUCAAGCUAUGUUCGAUGCAGUCGUGGGUGAUGAUGUUUACGGUGAGGAUCCGACAAUAAAUGCGCUGCAAGAAAAAGCGGCCAAGUUAUUUGGGAAAGAGGCGGCUCUUUUUGUACCCAGCGGCACCAUGGGCAAUUUGCUGGCAUGUAUGGUGCACUGUCAUCGGCGUGGCACGGAAGCAAUUGUGGGUGAUUUAUCUCAUGUAUACCUCUAUGAGCAAGGUGGCUCUGCUCACAUCGCCGGCGUGCAUUUAUCGCCACUCCACAAUAACGAGGAUGGCACCUUUUGCCUCGAAGAGUUGCGUCGCAAAGUACGCCUGGAGGAUGACCACGAGCCAAUUACUUCGCUGGUAAUAGUCGAGAAUACACAUAAUAUAUGUGGUGGCAAGGUGAUACCGCUGGAGUGGCUCGAUAAGCUGGCUGCAAUGUUGAAUGGCGACAAACGACUACAGCCGUACGGCAAUCGAAUUGCUUUGCACAUGGAUGGGGCGCGAAUCUUUAAUGCCGCAGAAGCGUUACAAGUGCCUGUGGCGCGAAUAGCGCGCGAUUUCGAUUCGGUUAGUUUUUGUUUGAGCAAAGGACUAUCGGCGCCGGUGGGCUCAAUACUUGUGGGACCAAAAGCCUUUAUUAGAGAAGCACGACGUCUGCGCAAGGCUUUGGGUGGGGGCAUGCGCCAGGCAGGCGUUCUAGCCGCUGCCGGCAUCGUAGCAUUGGAUAAGAUAGUGCCGCUGCUGGGAAAAGAUCACGAAAGGACUCGGCGCAUUGCGGAAGCAAUACACAACGCCCACAGUCCCAAUGUCUCAGUCGAUUUAGACAGAGUUCAUUCAAAUAUUUUGCUCAUCUGCUUAUCGAAUCCGAAAUUUACUGCCAAUGACUUUGCGGAACGUUGUCUUAAAGUGACGCCCGACGAAUUGGCUGCCGGCGUGUGUGGCACAAACAAAGAGCAGGGUAUUGUGGUGAAAGUGAGUGCACGCGAUUGGAAAUUUUCACGAAUUGUGUUGUAUCAUCAGAUUAGCGACGUGGACGUCGAAUUGACAAUUAAGAAAUUCAAUUAUGUAAUAAAAGAAGCCGAUAGCCAAUGGCCUGCUUAAUAUUUGUACGACUUUUUAUAUAUUCACAAUAAAUGUGGCACAUGCAUA